UGGGAUCGAAAUAAUUAAAAUUCCUCCGAAAAGAGAAUAAAAAGAAAGAAAAAGGACAACCUCGCCAUCUUCAUCAGAAUCAUCAGAAUCAAUGGGAAUCCCCUCGGAGCUGAGAGACGCUUGGGCGAGCCACAGGAAAUCCUCCUCUUUCAUGGUGGCUUCUCCUAACGAGAAGAGAGCCAUGGACUCCCAAAACUCCAUCAGAGAAGCUGUCAAAGAAGGAUUCAAGACGGCCACUGUUGUAGGUGUUGUUACUGCAGUGCCGACGUUGGUUGGUUGCCGCGUCAUUCCUUGGGCUAAAGCAAAUCUUAAUUACACUGCACAGGCGCUCAUCAUAUCAGCUGCUUCAAUUGCUGGAUUUUUCAUUACUGCUGAUCGAACUAUUUUGGAUCGCGCAAGAGGAAAUACAAUGGGGAGGCAUGAUAAACCAACUUAAUGAGGAUCUCUACAAAGGCUUAAACGCCUAUGUGGCAUCCUCAAACAUAUCAACUGUUUUGUUUCAAAAGUGAAUAAUUUGCAUUACCUCUUAUGUAUCUCAAAUAUUUUGAGGUGUGAUAUCCUUUCAUGGGAUUAUGUUUGAAUGGUUCUUUCAUAAGUCAAUUUUGGAGAAAUUGAUGGCGUUAUUGCAAGGAGGGGUUCCAUUAGAUUUGCAACAAAGGCAGAAAUGUUAUUAUUCCAUGUUAUGUGAUUUUGCUCAA